AUGAUGAAUUGGAAUAAUUCAUCGGAUACCUCUUUAGGAUCCUCCAAAGAUAAAGAUUUACCACCUGUUCCUGUCUUUUCAUCAGUCACUGGAUCAACAAAACUAGAUGCUACUGACGAUUCUUCCGAACUAUUACAAGCUAAAACGUUAAAAAGAAAAAAUUUUAAAAAGCUUUCCUUAGAUGCAUCUCCAAGUAAAGAUAAUGCUCGUGUUAUAGAUGACGAUUCAAUGAUAAGAACGCCCAUUUCAUUAAGGCAAAGAAGACAAAGACCCGCGCCCAUGCUCAACCAAGCGUUAACCAGAAACAAUAGCAUGCCUGAUUCUUCUGUUGAAUUGAAUAUUAAUAAAAGUAAUAGAAAUGUUGAUCCUGACCAAGAAACUUCAGCCGAUAUAAUUAUAAAUCAAAUUUCUAAUUUGGAUCUUAACAAUAAGAAACAAGGUCUGGUUACACGCAAAAGGCAAACAGUUAUAUCCUCCAUUUCUCCUACCAAGUCAACAUCUUCAUCACCCUUGGAGCCAAGACCGGCAUCAUUUGCAACUGCGCUCAAUACCAUAGAGGAUCAAUCACCUAUUGCCACCACUGGAUCGUUUGAAUUAAACACAAAAGAUCUAGUGACAUUAAAAUCAUUGGGAUCAGGCCAUUCAGGAACAGUUACCAAAGUACUUCAUGUCCCAACUGAGAAAAUCAUGGCUAAGAAAAUCAUUCAUAUUGAUCUGAAGAGUGUAAUUCAACGACAGAUAAUUCGUGAAUUACGUAUAUUGCAUGAAUGUCACUCACCAUUUAUUAUUGAUUUUUACGGUGCAUUCCUUAACACCAAUAACACAAUAGUCAUUUGUAUGGAAUAUUGUAAUUGCGGGUCUUUAGAUAAGAUAUUACCAUUAUGUGAAAACAAACAGUUCCCCUUGAUAGUAUUAAAAAAAUUGGCGUUUGCUAUUCUUUCAGGGUUGAGUUAUCUAUAUACAACGCAUAAGAUUCUUCAUCGAGAUAUUAAACCAAAUAAUGUUUUAAUGACACACAAGGGUGAGUUCAAACUAUGUGAUUUUGGUGUAUCUCGAGAAUUGACAAACUCCAUGGCUAUGGCCGACACAUUUGUUGGUACAUCAACAUAUAUGUCUCCCGAGAGAAUACAAGGAUUGAAUUAUGGCAUCAAAUCUGAUGUAUGGUCCAUGGGUCUAAUGUUGAUAGAAUUAGCCAGUGGAAUACCAAUAUGGACAGAUGAUGAUGAUGACGAGGACAAAGAAGGGGAGGAAAAUGGAAACUUUGAAACUCGAGGACCUGAAGGUAUCUUGGAUUUAUUACAAAGAAUCGUCAAUGAACCUGCUCCGACAUUGUCAAACAAGAUUAAUCCUGUAACCAAAACUAAAUAUGAUGGGAAAUUAUGUCAAUUCAUAGAUUUAUGUUUAAUUAAAGAUGAUAAGAGUAGGGGAUCACCUUGGCAAUUAUUGGAAGACAAGAAUGGAUUCUUACAGGGAGUUUCUGAAGGUGUUUAUGAUAAGGAACAUAAAUCCUGGGCCAAAAAAAUACGGAAGUUAAGCAAAGAAAAGAAUGAACAGGAAAAAUAG